AUGCCAUCUACUAUUACAACAGUAUGUUACAUUACUGACCGACAAGAAUCCACCACAAGCAAAGCCCUUACUAUUGUUAAGGCUGCUGGAGUAAUGCACCUUAAAACCAGUGUCUCCCCCUUAAAUGUUCUUUUAGUUGGUUUCUUUUCUCAAAACGAUGAUACCCCAGAUCAAACCCUAGCAACUUUUUUACCUGAAGAUGUUCUUUUGAUUGUUUUGCACCACGUCAUUCAAUUGACUAUUGAUCUGACCGAUUUGCCUGCAUUUCCCUUAUUAAUCAACAUGACUGCUUUCGUAGUUGAACUCUCACAAAGUGAAUCUAAUGAUGAUGAUAUUUCAUUAGUUGUGGAGACCAGAGACUUCAUGAACCAAGACCAUACUGUUCUUAAACUAAAAUGUUAUUAUCUAAAAUCAGUGCAACACCUUAUUCCUACUACCACUUCUGCAAAAAAAGGAUCAACUCUUUUCAUGAAUGGAGAACUCUUAAUUGAUGAUGACUAUACUUUUAUUGUUCAUCUUCGUAUAAAUGAAUCAGGUACUGAAAAAGUUAUGCACACAAUUGCUUCAAGAGUCAAAGGUGGUAGAAGAAAGAAGACAUCAACUACAGCAAGAUCAUAUCUUGGUUUAAAAAAUCACCCCAAAAUUAGUGACUUUGCUAAAAAAGCACUAAACCAAAAUCAGAGUGUUGAUGUUCCCAACCCCUCUACCCCUUAA